GUUGUGAGCUAACUUGAUUUGCUUCCUUUUGCUUGGAACCAAAUUUCAAUUCAGGGCGUUUACCUUUGCAACCUUCAGGUGAAAAAAAGAAGAUGAACCAUUGCAACAUUCAGCAGAACGCCUUCUUCAUGUCUCGCGAGGAUCUUGUCGUUUGUCCUAAGCCUCGACGUGUUGGCUUACUCUCCAACAACAUCAUUCGCCCUCUCAGAUUUCACAUGAGUCAAACCGCUACUGAUUUGUGUGAUUCUAAAGGUGGUGCUGAGCUUCUCGACAUUAUUUGUAGAAAGGAGGAGGAUAAAGGAACAAUAGGGCAGUUACUAUCAUCAUCCCCCCCCACCCUAUUUUCCUGGUUCACCUCCAAGCAGAGCGGUGAACCCAUUAGCUCAAGAUGCUCGCUUUCGAGAUGAGAAACUCACUCCAGUCUCACCAAACUCUCCUUUCCUUCAUCCCAAUUCAUCAUCAACCGGUUUUCCAUCUCCAUCUUCAUCUCGUGGAUGCGGCAGAAUGAAGUUUGGACUCGCACCACCUGCAGUUAGAGUAGAAGGGUUCGAUUGCUUGAGCCGUGACCACCAAAAUUCCAGCAUCCCUGCCAUGGCUUAGUAGACAAGAACAUAAAACAAGUGUACAUAGAGAUUCCGUGAUCGUUCUUUCACCAAUGCCUAACAGAGGAGUUUGAUCACCACUACCAUUUUUGAAGCAAAUGAAUGUGUCAAAUCUUUUAGCGUUUUUUUUAUACAUUCUUCUAAUCUUCCAGUCACCGUUACCUAACCUGUUAUUCAGGUUAGUACUUUGUAUAUAAGUAUAUGUAGUACAUAUUGGGUGUUUUUUCUGAGUCAGGCGGAUCUUUAUUCUCAUUAAUAGGAAGAUUAUAAGAAUGUAUAAAGUUUUGUUGGGCGAUAACUCUUGUUCGGUUGUAAUUUAUAUAGAGAUAAUCGAUUUAGAUUAUCUUCUUACUCAGAGAACAUCAUCAUUUUUUUUAGUGUAUAGUAAUGCAUUUGUUAACUUAUGGUGGGUUUAAGUUCUCUCACAAUGCCUUUGUAUAUGUACUUUAGUGAUUCAACAAAUCUGUAUAUUAAUGCCUAAUCGUAUUGUUCUUGUUCUUAAUUCUUAUAUUAUCACGUGUGAAAACAGCUUAAAUACAAAAGUAUUGUUAAAAAUAAUAUUUUCACAUCAACGAUACAGAUGCAAUGCAUACACUUUGAAAAAAAUUCUCUAUUUACAUUUUUAUAUCAAAUUUUCUCAUCACAAUUGCUUAUCAAGGAAGAAAAAAAAUCAGACAGUUAUUUCUCGCGGGAAGACAAUUAACCGAACAGACACAUCUGUUGGAUUAAAAAAAUAACUAACUACAACGACCAUUAACCGCCAUAAUAUCUCUCCUGUCUACAUAAACCUUUCUUUUCGUUUCUUCAAUUCUCUCCUCUCACUCUUUGUUCUUCAACUCUCAAGUAUCGUACUCUGCUUGAGAGAGUUUUUCUCUUCUCCUUUUUUGGUCUCAUCCUAAAGAAGAAAAAGAGAAAGCAAUUAGAAGAAGAGGGCAAAACAAAAUGGCUGGUGGUGAUCCAAAACCAAUUGCUCUUCAAGACAACGAAGAUGAGGAUAUUUUCUAUGACGCUUACUCUGAAGAAUAUCUUAUGAGCCUCAUGUCUAACCCAAAUCCUAAUCUGAUGGAUUUACCCUUCAGCAAAAAUACUCUUCUUGCCCCUCCUCCAGCGCCAGCCUUGGAGAUUAACAGAACCGCGUUGUUGGGAGAUCCUUCGGUUUCAAACCCUCAUGGGGACACCAUCAAAGAGUAUCUUAAAUCACUUAGAAUCGAUGAUGGUUCACUUACUGUGAACACGUCGGAUGCACUUAGUGAUGAUAUCAACGAAUACAUCGAUUAUACUGACCUAGGAGAGAUUGGUAAUGAAAAUGUCGGAGAGAGCGGUAUUCUUCAGGCGAAUGCUCACGUUUUUGCGGAAAAUACUAUGAACUUUGAAACCGGUGGUGCAUCGGCGAUGCCUGUCCCGGUGAUUACACCAACACCGACCAUUUCUCAAGGACUUUUCUUAUGCACCUAUUGCAACCUUCUUCGACAACUAGUCCAUGCUAAUGGUCAGGAGAUGAUGAGACUUGAUCUCUUUGGAGGGAUUGGAUACUUCUGCCAUGCGGUUAUCGAGACUCGACGUUUCGAUGGUUCAAACGAACUUCGAUACCAAAUGAAUUUAAAGAUGGAGGAUGUGAAGAAAUUUAUUGAAGAUUAUUGUGCGGCUAGGGCAGCAGGAGGUUUUGUAAUAAUGCAAGACACUAAUGCUGAUUUCUAUCAAGCUAUGAAUGCUUGUACCACAAGCAGCCAGUUACUUAUGUCGACAUUGCCACCACGUGUUGAUAUUCCAAUGUCUUUGGCUGUGCCUAAUGAAUCUCUAAAUGUUGCAUCUGUGCCCCCUGCUGUGAAAGGAAAGCCAAGGAGACAAACCAAUCUCUCUGCACAGAGGAAGCGGACUAGGAGCUUAACAGUGAAAGACAUGAGCGAGCUUUGGGAUCUUCCCAUUGAAGAAGCGGCCAGAAAGUUGAGGAUUUGUACCACAGCGGUCAAAAAGAUAUGCCGGAGGGGAGAGGUAUUUCGAUGGCCACGCCGGAAGCUUGCAAGUCUGCGGGAGAAAGUCGCGGCACUAAAGAUUGUUGUAAGCCAAUCAACCGAUGCAGGAGUACGUGCUCGAGCUGAAGUGAAGAUCGAGAAUUUUGAAAAACAGAUUGAUGCUAUCUAUAGUAAAGCACGCUAAAACGCUGAAGAGAGUUUCAGAUAAUCAUAGACUACUUGCAUUGAUUACUACUUCCUUUGGUCAUCUUUAAGUAUUGUCACCAUUACCAGUUGGUUUUGAUGGAAUGUUUGUACUACAGUUUAUGCCUCUUGUCUCGACAUGAGAUAUACAUUUGGUUUGUCAUCACUUUUCUUUUGAAAACUAUACGUUAUUGAACGAUUUAUGUCACUUAUCUCUACAUGAUAUAAACUUUUGUUGCCUUCAUUCACUCUUUCCUCUUUUUGGAAAGUUAUGAUAUUAAACGAAAAAUUAUAAAUAUUUGCAAUCACGCUAAUAUAUUAAUAUUGUCAAUUUCAUCCAAAUUACUUGGAAUGUGAAAAUGAUAUUUGGAUGAAAGGAAAUAUUGAGGGAAUAUAAAAUUUCUAGAAAGGGAAUAGGUUAUAAGCCGUGUUUGACCACUGCUUGAAAAAUCCUGAAAUGAUAUUGAUGAACUACUAUUCUGAAAAAUUAAAAUAAAAAAAUGAAGUUGUGGGAGAGGUUGGUUCACAUCAAUAUUACAUAUCGACCUGAUUAAAUCCUUCAUCUAUGACACUCUCCCAAAAUGCACUGUAAAUGUAAAACACAAUUAACCAGAGCACGAAACGAGGGAACAACUUUGACAAAUCAGAUACUUUUGCCAAUAUGGCAACUCACUUGUCACUUCAUUCCACCCUGUUUCCUAUUUGGCUGGCUUGUGUGUAGCUUAAAUAUUUACGCAUCUUAGGUGAUAAGACCACCUCCAUCGGGGGUCUCUUAAGGAGAGUUUCAAGCAAAAGGAAAAAAAAAAUAAAUGAAAAAAGGGAAAAAAAGAGAGAACCGGGUCUUUAAAUGGGAUUUCUAGGAUUGGUAAGGAACCCUAACGUGGCAGUCUCCUAUUCGCCCACCCCUUAGUGUCUCUCUCUCCUUGGCCUCACGAAAUCAGUCGGCUUCUUCCUCCUCCAUUCUCUGUUGAUUGAUUUUGGAAACGACGAGUGGUUUCCGAGAUGUUAUUCUUCGAGUGGGUCUGUGAUUGUGAUGAUCGGAGUAUCAUCACCAGCUGAAGAAGGAGACGACAACGCCGCCGCCGCCGCUCUAUCGUCGGAGGAUUUUUAUUCUCCCAACAAGUCAGUGAGAGUAGCAGAGCUCGACUUAGCUCUGGAUCUUAGCAUUGGUAGGAAUCACUCAAAGGUUCACUCAAAGGAAUCACUCAAAGGUUCAUUAGCCAGGGAACCCACUCUCUGUCAGAAACGGAUUCACCAUCAUCAAAGCAUCCCUGUUUCAUUUCAUUUGGGAAGAGGUUAGUAUACUUUUCUUUUAAGAGAAUGUAGGGAUCGAUUAGGUUUGGAAUUAAAAUGGAAUUUAGUGUUAUGGUUUGUGUUAGUUGCGGUGAAGUGAUUGGCAUUAGUUUGAGUUGCGGUGAAGUGAUUGCCAUUAGUUUGUAUCGUGUCUGAGUUAAUGCUUUGUCGAGUCUGUAACAUUGUGAUCUUUCUCAUUAAGUUUUAUAUGAAAUUGUUUUGUCUUCUAUGUAAUAACAUUGUGAUC